AUGAGACUUCAAUGGCUGGGAAGCUAUCGGGACGAUCAGCCAGUCAAGGCCCCCGAGAUCAAGGCGAGAAAGUUUGGGUUGCUCUGUCAAUUACUGGAUCUUGUUUCCCAUCCAUACGGACAUACGAUUCAUGCAAGGAAAAUCCAUGACCACGAGGAUGCAAGCGGGGGCAAAGAUGUCGCGCGUACACGAACCACUCCCUACUUGACGUUGACUGGAUUGAUGGCCCAGUCACAUUGCCUCCAAAUGCUCCUUGAACGCAUUGAGCUGACGACCUAUCUACUUGGAUAUGAGGAAAAUGCCGCAGAUGGCGAGAAUAUGCCCACCCAGUGGAUGUGCGGUGGCGCUAAUCUGACAACACCUACGCCAUCAAGAUCACAGAGCCAUUCCGACAAGGAGAAUCGAUUGGCAUACCUUUGCCGUCUGCAGACAGACAAGAUAUACCAACAAGUACGGUAUCGGUUAGUCACUAAAUUUUUGACAAUUUCGCCGUAA